GCUUUCCGUCUUAAAGCAUUCAGGAUAUAUGUUUAAAAACUAAUUAUAACAAGUGUUUUAAAGGAUGCAGUUAAUUCACUGCAUGUUUUACAUUUUUGACAACCCACGCUGUUUGGAAAUUGGUUGAAAAUUCAGCAGUUUAUAACUAUUUUAAAGUAUACGCUCCGCUCCCUUGACCCCAUGUAAUGCCAAACCAACAGCACUGAUACAAAAUGGCCGACAAUCGACGACGCUUGUCCCCGUUGACUCACCCUGCCAAUAACACUCUACACAUGAGAUUUCUAUGUACGUUGACGUACAUGUUGUUGAAGAGAGAGAGGCGGGAAAGCGAGCGCCAAAUUCAGUCGACGCCGUUCGUAGUUUUUCAGCUUUUCCUCCGUCAGAACGUUCCUAUUUGGACUUUUCCCCGGAAUUUGAGGACAAAAUGGUGCGGACUAAAGCUGACCGUGUCCCUGCAACUUACAGGAAAGCCGUGGCAGCUACAGCGCCCCGGAAGUCUCUGGGCUCCAGCGCGGGAAACUCCGCCUCCUCUUCGUCCUCCGGUCAAGCUUCUACUCCUUCCAAGAACAAGUACGCGGGAGGGAACCCCGUGUGCGUUCGGCCCACCCCCACUUGGCAGAAAGGCAUCGGCGACUUCUUCGGCGGUCCCGGAAGAAUACCCGAAAAAGAAAACCAGAAGCCCAGCCAACACGAUGAUGACGAAGGCCGUGAGGAAGCUGGCGACAAAGAGGCGGCCGGGGGUAGCGGCGUGUCCGCGACCGCCAAAAAGUCCAGGCCACUGCCAGCUUAUGACGACGAAGACGAAUGAAGACAAAGACAGAAUUUCAAAUGUAAAUGUGUACAUAAUGUAGUCAAUUGUCUCAUUCAUGACUAAUUGUUUUUUUUUUUAUUAUAAAAAUUUCAUCGUUUCUCAGUCUUGCUUCUUCUUUUAUCAAUAAAAAAUGAGUUUUUUUCCAAA